GCGGGCGCGGGUCCCCGUGCGCCCCGGACACGAGCGACGGCGAGGUCUGGCACCAUGCCCGGUCCCUCCGAACUCUAAGCCACAGCCCCGGCCACCGGAGCAGCCUCUGUUCCCUUCAGGGCCCACCCCCUCCCCACUGCCCACUGCCCCACCAUGGCUGGGGACCGGCUCCCUCGGAAGGUGAUGGAUGCCAAGAAGCUAGCCAGCCUCCUGCGGGGCGGGCCUGGGGGGCCACUGGUCAUCGACAGCCGCUCUUUCGUGGAAUACAACAGCUGGCACGUGCUCAGCUCCGUCAAUAUCUGCUGCUCCAAACUGGUGAAGCGACGGCUGCAGCAGGGCAAGGUGACCAUCGCAGAGCUCAUCCAGCCAGCCGUGCGCGGCCAGGUGGAGGCCACAGAGCCGCAGGACGUGGUAGUGUAUGACCAGAGCACUCGGGACGCCAGCGUGCUGGCUGCAGACAGCUUCCUCUCCAUCCUGCUCAGCAAGCUGGACGGCUGCUUCGACAGCGUGGCCAUCCUCACAGGGGGCUUUGCCACCUUCUCCUCCUGCUUCCCCGGCCUCUGUGAGGGCAAGCCUGCUGCCCUGCUGCCCAUGAGCCUCUCCCAGCCCUGCCUGCCGGUGCCCAGUGUGGGCCUGACCCGCAUCCUGCCUCACCUCUACCUGGGCUCUCAGAAAGAUGUCCUGAACAAGGAUCUGAUGACCCAGAACGGAAUAAGCUAUGUCCUCAACGCCAGCAACUCCUGCCCCAAGCCGGACUUCAUCUGUGAGAGCCGCUUCAUGCGCAUUCCCAUCAAUGACAACUACUGCGAAAAGCUGCUGCCCUGGCUGGACAAGUGCAUCGAGUUCAUCGAUAGAGCUAAGCUGUCCAGCUGCCAAGUAAUCGUCCACUGUCUGGCCGGCAUCUCCCGCUCUGCCACCAUCGCCAUCGCUUACAUCAUGAAGACCAUGGGCAUGUCCUCCGAUGACGCCUACAGGUUCGUGAAGGACCGGCGCCCGUCCAUUUCGCCCAACUUCAACUUCCUGGGCCAGCUGCUGGAGUAUGAGCGCAGCCUGAAGCUGCUGGCCGCCCUGCAGGGUGACGGGGCGUCCCACCCAGGGACCCCCGAGCCCCUCCCGGGCCCUGCGGCCCCACUGCCGCCGCUGCCACCACCUACCUCAGAGAGCGCUGCCACCGGGAGCGCGGCGGCCAGCACAGUCCGGGAGGGCGCGCCCGGCGCGGGCGGGGAGCUCCCCGCGCCUUCCUCCAACCCCGCCACCAGCGCGCUGCAACAGGGCCUUCGUGGCCUGCACCUGUCCUCCGACCGCCUCCAGGACACCAACCGCCUGAAGCGCUCCUUCUCGCUGGACAUCAAGUCGGCGUAUGCCCCGAGCCGGCGGCCCGACGACCCCGGGCCCCCCGACCCUGGGGAGGCCCCCAAGCUCUGCAAGCUGGACAGCCCGUCGGGGGGCGCGCUGGGCCUGCCCUCGCCGGGCCCCGACAGCCCGGACGCGGCGCCGGAGUCGCGCCCGCGCCUCCGCCGGCGACCGCGGCCUCCAGCCGGCUCCCCAGCGCGCUCCCCCCGCGCACUGUCCUCGUCCUGAACUUCGGCGAUGCCAUCCCGCCAGACUCCGCGGCUCGGCCUCUCGGCCCUGUCGGCACCCGGGCUGCCCGGCCCCGGCCAGCCGGUGGGCCCCGGGAGCUGGGCGCCGCCGCUCGACUCUCCGGGCACGCCGUCGCCCGACGGGCCCUGGUGCUUCAGCCCGGAGGGGGCGCAGGGCGCCGGCGGCGCGCGGUUCGCACCGUUUGGCCGGGCGGGGCGCGCAGGCGCGGGGGGCGGCGACCUGCGGCGGCGAGAGGCGGCGCGGGCCGAGGUCCGGGACGCGCGGACCGGCUGGCCAGAGGAGCCGGCCCCGUAGACGCAAUUCAAGCGCCGAAGCUGCCAGAUGGAGUUCGAGGAGGGCAUGGUGGAGGGGCGCGCGCGCGGAGAGCUGCCGCCCUGGGGCAAGCAGGCCAGCUUCUCGGGCAGCGUGGAGGUCAUCGAGGUGUCCUGACGGCGGCCGGGGACCCGGCGCCCGGCGCUCCCCGCUGCCCUCCGCCCCCUGGUCUGGGCCGCCAGCAUCCGGGCCCACUAUAAAUAUAUAUUAUAUAUAAUGCAAAGAAAGGUAAAUGGUUUUACUGCGAUUUUUAUCGAGAAGUAAAUAUUUCGAUUUUUUUAUUUAUUUAAGCUGUUCAUUCUGGCAAUGAUUUGGCAACAGUGCGGGCGGUCCUCGGAGCUCUAUUUUUACUGUCUGGUAUUUAAACUGAAACACCCGUUUCUAAGCAAUAUGAGGCCACCUUCAGUCCCGAGCUGGGGUGCCAGGCCUGGGGUCCCCUCCCUGCCCCCUCCCUCCCCCAGGAAACACUGCUGACCGUUGCAAAGAGGCUGCCGAGCUUUUGUGCACUUUUUACAUAAGAAAAAGGGGGAAAAAGGAGAAAAAAAACUUUGCCACAAACUGAGCCUCAGAACCUCCCUGU